GGUGGGGCUAAGGCCGGUCAGUCAGAUUUGGGAAGCCGGGGAGAAUUUCUCUCCCGGCCGUGAGAAAACGGAGGUGUAGGGGGGCAACGGCGGUGCCGGGGUGGCCUCCGCCCCGUGAUUGACAACCCGGUCUUUCCACCCGGGCGGUGAAGUCAGAGCAGGGAAUGUAUGACAACAUGUCCACAAUGGUGUACCUAAAAGAAGACAAAUUGGAAAAGCUCACUCAGGAUGAGAUUAUUUCCAAGACUAAACAAGUGAUUCAAGGCCUAGAAGCCUUGAAGAAUGAGCACAACUCCAUCUUACAGAGUUUACUUGAGACACUAAAAUGUUUGAAGAAAGAUGACGAGACCAAUCUGGUGGAAGAAAAAUCAAAUAUGAUUCGAAAGUCUUUGGAAAUGCUAGAAUUGGGACUAAGUGAAGCUCAGGUGAUGAUGGCUUUGUCAAAUCAUCUAAAUGCUGUAGAAUCAGAGAAGCAGAAAUUACGUGCCCAAGUUCGUAGGCUAUGUCAAGAAAACCAGUGGCUAAGAGAUGAACUCGCUAAUACCCAGCAGAAAUUACAAAAAAGUGAACAGUCUGUGGCUCAGCUGGAAGAAGAAAAGAAACACCUUGAAUUCAUGAAUCAGUUAAAAAAAUAUGAUGAUGAUAUAUCACCUUCAGAGGACAAAGACGCAGAUUCUGCCAAAGAGCCAUUGGAUGAUUUAUUCCCCAAUGAUGAAGAUGACCAAGGACCAGGAAUUCAACAGCCACAUAGCAGUGCAGCAGCAGCUGCCCAACAAGGUGGUUAUGAGAUUCCAGCAAGAUUAAGGACCCUUCAUAAUCUUGUCAUUCAGUAUGCUUCCCAAGGUAGAUAUGAGGUUGCCGUACCACUUUGUAAGCAAGCUCUUGAAGACCUUGAAAAAACUUCAGGCCAUGAUCACCCUGAUGUUGCCACUAUGUUGAACAUACUUGCAUUAGUAUACAGAGACCAGAAUAAAUACAAAGAUGCAGCAAAUUUACUGAAUGAUGCCCUGGCCAUUCGUGAAAAGACCCUAGGAAAAGAUCAUCCUGCGGUUGCAGCAACUUUAAAUAAUCUUGCUGUACUUUAUGGGAAAAGAGGAAAAUACAAGGAAGCUGAACCUUUGUGUAAGAGAGCUUUGGAAAUCAGAGAAAAGGUGCUGGGAAAAGACCAUCCAGAUGUUGCCAAACAGUUAAAUAAUCUGGCAUUACUAUGUCAGAACCAGGGCAAAUAUGAAGAAGUAGAAUACUACUAUCAGCGGGCACUUGAGAUCUACCAAACAAAACUGGGGCCAGAUGAUCCAAAUGUAGCAAAAACAAAGAAUAAUUUGGCAUCCUGCUAUUUGAAACAAGGGAAAUUUAAGCAAGCAGAAACUUUGUACAAAGAGAUUCUUACUCGUGCCCAUGAAAGAGAAUUUGGCUCCGUGGAUGAUGAAAACAAACCGAUUUGGAUGCACGCUGAGGAGAGAGAAGAAUGCAAGGGAAAACAAAAAGAUGGCAUGACAUUUGGUGAAUAUGGAGGCUGGUACAAAGCUUGCAAAGUUGACAGUCCAACAGUUACAACUACUUUAAAGAAUCUUGGAGCACUUUACAGACGCCAAGGAAAGUUUGAAGCUGCUGAAACACUAGAAGAGGCAGCGAUGAGGUCCCGUAAACAGGGACUUGACAAUGUUCACAAACAAAAAGUUGCUGAAGUACUUAAUGAUCCAGAAAGUAUAGAGAGAAGGCAAAGCCGUGAGAGCCUUAAUAUUGAUGUGGUAAAGUAUGAGAGUGGACCUGAUGGAGGAGAGGAAGUGAGUAUGAGCUUAGAGUGGAAUGGGGAUGGCACUGGAUCAUUAAAACGCAGUGGUUCCUUUAGCAAACUUCGUGCUUCAAUUAGACGCAGCAGUGAGAAGCUGGUUAGAAAACUGAAGGGAGGAAGUUCACGAGAAAGUCCUGGCAUGAAGCGUGCCAGUUCAAUGAAUAUUCUUAACGUGGGUGGCAAAACAACUGAAGAUCAUUUUCAAGGACGAACUAAUUGUCUGACAGAUUCAAGAGUUAAGAGUGUCAGUCACACUGAUUUGGCCCACUGAGGUUCUGGAAGAGAUGCUAGCUAAAAAUGUUCGCGUGAAUCAUGAAGCACUGAGAUUCACAGGUUUUGGGGGUCCACAUUAUGAUCUUUUUAGCACUUUCUAGGUUAAAGACAUAACAGAUGGACUAUUCCUAGGUUCUCUUAAAAUAACUGUCAUUUUAAAGAAUCCUAGAGUUAGCAAUUAGCUUCUUUCUGAAGCAUGCUGAGUUUAUUGUAUUGUUACUAGCAAUUUGGAGUUGUGUUACAGAUAGCUGUAUAGCAGUAUUCAUAAACAGAGAAAAAUAUGCCCACAAAAUAGAAAAAGGAACUGAAGUACAAAAAAUGCAAAAGCUUUCCACAACGUGCUGUUUUAAAACUGUUACAGGAACAUCCAUUAUUAACUAUGUAUGCAUUUGCUAGAAUGAGAUUUACAAUAAGUUCAUCGCUGUAAGGAAUAAGGACUUUGUACACACUAUAGAUUACAGAUACAAAAAUUGUCAUGUAGCUUAUGACAUUCAGGUUUUAAAUCAGGAAGGCAAGAUACUGGUUAAUUGGAAUGGAAUAAGUUUGACACCUCUUGAAAAUGACAAUAGCCAAUUAAUUGUGGCUAUCUUCAGUUUAAAAAUUUAUGAAAGUGGUGCAGUUUACUUUAACGUAGAAGAGAAAAGCAGAAUAAGCUAAAUCCAUCAGGUUUUUUGUCUUUUGAUUUUAAUCCCACAGAACUUUUCUUUUUUUCUCAGCCCAGAAUUAUAAGUACUUACUACCUCUUGAAUCUGACUUCUAUUUCAAUUUGGAGUGAAAAAGAGGAAAAAAUAAGUACUUUACUGUGAAGUUGUGGCUUGCAAGAGGGUCUCAUAAGAAAUUUGUCAGGAUAAAAAAAGCCUAUUAGUGGCAACUUUUUCAAUCUUCCAUUGAAUCUUCCAUUCAAUCGUUUUUCUCUUCUCAGGGGACUAGAUAAAAGAUGUUUUAUCUUUUUCCAUUUUGCAAUACUGUUAUUUGCAAGCAGGAACUAGGAAAUUUGUGCAAGUCAUGAUUGUAUACCAAGAAAAUUAAAUCUCUGGCCAGUAGGAAUAACCAAGCUAAAUUAAUUUUAUUAAUUUCUUGCAGUACAAUCAAUGUUAAUGUGAACUGCAGAGGUUAAAGCACUAAAUGGAAUGUAUUCUAGUUUUAAAAAAAAUACAUAUAGCAAGAUUUUUGGUUAAGCAGUCCAGUCUUUAAAUGAAAAGUGAGAGCUGGUCAAUGCUGCUGACUAUGUAGAGGUUUUGUGAAAACAUUGCAUAUCAUUUGUAAAUAUCAGUGAAUUAUACUUGCUGGUUCACAGUGGAGUUGGUUAUAUUGUUCUUAACCAUCUUAGUUAAAUUCUAAAAUUCUGAACUGACUUUGGAAAGCAAAUAUAAAGAAACCAAAAAGCUGAAGUAAGAUACAAUGACUCCAUUUUUAAGUUAUUGUAUUUGGCAUUCCUGUCUGAAAAGGCUUUACAUUACAUUGGUGGUAUAUUCUAAUACAAUUUCAGUCUGUUACUCAAAGUGGACUAUAAAUAUGCCUUAUUCAAUAUAUUUUUGAGAAUAAGAGCAUAAAAUCUAAAGCUCUUUGGAAUGAAAUGGUUAGGUUAUUAAAAUAAUACUAGUCUCCCUUUUUUAACAAUUUUUCCAUUUUUAUUUUCUUAAGGAGAAAAAGAUGCAUAAAUAAAAUGUUUUGUAAGGUAACAUGGUUGUGAGUUACAUUGUCCUUUGCAUUUAAUAACAUUUUUUUCAAAUGAAUAUUCAUAUUUAGCUUUAUAUUGUUAUAAAAUUACCUCUUGAAUGCAUGCAGCUUAAAUGAAAGUUGAAAAUAUAUGCUGCCAAAAAGGUGAAGGGGGCAGCCCUUUAAUGCCAUCUUGUUUUGAACUUAUAACAAAGUAUAGUAGUAUGCUUAAAGGAAUGAACCAUAACAGCUGUCUCUUCAUUUGGUGGGACUAAAAUUUUGAUCUGUCCAGUAGAAUUUAUGAAUACUGUUACUUUAUGUCCUCCAGAUGAGAUGAAAUAAAUUCUCAGAAUUCUUAGGUCAUCUAGACUUAAAAUUCUCGAAAUUAUAGGAAUAGCUAUUUUUAGAAGGAAAAUCUAGUAUGUUAUGCAUUAUGAAUAAGAGAAUUGACCUAAAAUAUUAAUAUUCUCACAUGGAAAUACAUAUUUGUGGCUAAUCUGUAUGACUGUGCUAAACUUGGUUCUUAGUCAUCUGACUAUCCUGCCUUGCUUAUUAUGGAUCUAUCUGUGAAUAAGAAAUGACAGAAAAUAUUUACCUGAUACUUUUCUUUGAAGCAGUUUACUCAGUACAUUUGAUUAGAAAAAUGGAUAUACACAAAUCUAUGGCUGGACCAUGCUGUGAGAUGGGCAGUUGUGAUAAGCUAUCACUCUACUGAUAUACUAUUGAGGAAAUUAUGAAUAUAGUAUAUUUCUGCAAUGUUACAUAAAAAUUACCAUAUAUUUCUAGUUCAUGAUACAAACAGUUCAGCCUUUCACUAAUUUAAGUGAGUAUUGUGGAAAAAUAAAUCACAUACCAUUCAUUUCAUUAGAAUCUUGUAUUUGGUGCAAAAAUAACUUUUCUUUGUACAUCUGUUGUACCUAUUUGAAGAACUGAGUCCUCACCAGCAAAACCUAUUAUAAAGGGUUUUGUCCACUCUCAGAAGUAGCUUAAGCAACAAUCUGUGUUUUGUAUAAUCUCUAAAGCACGAUUUCUUCCCUACCAAGUACACUUCUUCAUAAUAAAUGAUUUAAUCCUGUCUUAGAAAUGUAUCUGUGGAAACAACAGGGCCAUCCAAUUAAGUCCACAUCUGUCAAUGAAUCCCUUUUAGACCUCAUAAUUGUAAUCUGAAAAAUAAGUUUGAGGUGUUCAAGUGAAACAAAAGGAAAAGAACAUGAUCAAUAGCUAUGUGGGUUCUUCCUGUUAGGAAGAUUGCCAUUUCUCACAACGCUGUGGUAAAACAGCAGUGAAUUGAAAGCUCAAUUGUAAUAUUAAUCUAUCUGACAUCUGCACAUUAAAUGUCUUGGCAGCAACAUUAUUCAGAUAGAUUUUUUUCUCUUUAAUUUUAAAAUAGUAUAAGUGAUGGUGAUAAUCUAAAUUGCCCAUUACAUUAUACAUUUUCUUAGACAAUACUGUUCAUUACUACCCAAGGCACAAUUUUAUUUGUCUUAUAAAAUAAGUUGCAAUAUUAAAUAUAGUUUACUUAAGCUACAUCUUUAAUAGAUGUUCCUAUAUCUAUUUAGGAUGCUCAAGAAUAUAGUUAGCCCCAAGACAAGUCUUUGAAAGAAACAUUGGGGUUGGACUAGAAGACCUCCAAGGUCUAACUCUGAAGAAUAACUCUGUUAUUCUGUUAUCAUGGUGAUCUAAAACACUUGCCUUGAUUCAGUAGUUAUUCAUAUGUAUAUGAAAAAUUGGCAUUAGUAGCUUCUGGUUUCAAGAAAAUGCUUCAUGGAAAACAAUUCAGAUGUUUACUACAGAUAUCCUUCUUUGCAAGCAGGAAUGCUUUUUAAAUUUAACAAUGUUAAAUCAGCUGGCUAAAAGAUGUUUUGUGUUACACUAGUAAUUCCACUGAUUAUGGAAAAUUAAGUAUUUUUAUUAUAUAUAUUUCUGAAACAGAUUGUGUAGGGUUUUACUGAAUUUGUUUACAAUGUUGAAAUACACCAAUUUGUAACAAGUUCAAUUUUCCCACUGAACUCUGCUACUAUGAAAUCUGCUGAAGUACAAAAUACAUACUUGUAACAUAAAUUCAUGUAAAAAAUAUUUCACCAGAACAUGUUUAUAUUUUGCUGAAGUUAUGAAUAUUCCCUUUUAAAAAUAUGGAACUGUAUUUCAUUAUUGUAUAUCUCAAAAUUAAAUUAGAAAAAUGUUACUUUUAAAAACACAUUACUGUAAUUCUUAACUCAUGUGUAAUUAUCAAUGUGCAGUUCUUUUUCUUCAAAUAGUAAAUUAAAUAGUUUUUGUAACAUGUAUGUAUGACUUACCGCAUAACUGGAUGUAACUAAUGGCAUUUCAUCUGUGCACUUUAUGUAUGGCAGCACUGAUGGGGCUAUUGUGUAGAUAUUCAGCUAAACUGCUGAAAUGAGAGUAAUUCACGUACUCUUUUGAAAAUCGCUUAAGAGCACUUAAAGAUACCAUAAUCCGAGAAAA